AUGCGCCUCUGCUCGACCGCGGGAUCGCAGAGGACUCAAACUCUGGACCACGAAUGUCCACGCACCUACGGAUACUGGAGCAUUCCUCUAUCGCACCACGGACGACGGAAAAUCAAGAGCUAUCUGGGACCUCGCAUUCAAUUUGAUCGAGUUCAACCUCAACCGAAGCUUGACUCGGUAGAUAUGAAAGACGACGAAUGCGAAAAGACGAAAGGCAUCGAACAACCAACGUACGAUGCAAAGAGAAUGCUCCCGGUUUUAAGACUGAAGAAGAUGCUAAGUGUCGCCCGCACUACUGGUGACCUCAGCCAGGGAAAGAGUCUAAGAAGGAAGUUGCGUGAAAACGAAUAG